GUGCACUCGUCCUCCCCACGAAUCCCUUGACUCCCGUUUCUUUCCUACACAGUGACAGUCUCACAGAGACAGCAUCAACUCUUGUCUCUGUGAGAGUAGGGCUGCAAAGUGAAAAUGCAUUCAGUGGGGUAUCGAGCGAACGCGUUGCUGACCUUUGCCGUCACCAUUCUUGCUCUUAUGUGCGGCAUGGCCUCUCUCUCCGACAACUUCAAUUCUCCCUUUCCCUCUGCCCAAGUCCAGGUCUUGAACAUCAACUGGUUUCAAAAACAGCCCAACGCCAAUGACGAGAUCAGCAUGACAUUGAACAUAUCAGCAGAUUUGCAGUCCCUUUUUACAUGGAACACAAAACAGGUUUUUGUUUUUCUUGCUGCCGAGUAUGAAACUCCUAAGCAUUCCUUGAAUCAGAUAUCUCUAUGGGAUGGUAUCAUACCCUCUAAAGAGCAUGCCAAGUUUUGGAUUCAUACAUCAAAUAAGUACCGCUUCAUUGACCAGGUACACAAAUCUAAGCAUGUUUUAUGACUAAUAUAUGAUUUG